AUGGCGCUGAAUCGAUCACGUCACCAUUUCCCAUCUGAUCGAUCUCUGCUCGGAGCUAGACAGCAACUAGCGCAGCUGAACGACAAGAUCAGGAGCAGAGCAGGCGGUCUCGUUCUUGGAUCGGCGUCGGCGUCGGCGUCGGCGAUGAUGGCGAUCAAAGGCUACUUCCGGGAGCCGGUGAGGCUGCAGGGGAGGAAGAGGAAGCAGGAGGCGGCGGAGCGGGGUCUCCGCGGCGGCGGGGACGACAGCCUGGGCGCCGCGCUGCUCGACGAGGCCGAGCUGCCGGCGGUGCCCAGGGGCUACUUCGCCGUGUACGUGCCGGCGUUCCGGGACCUCAUGGAGCGCGCCGCCGAGGAGUUCGGCUUCGCGCAGGCCGCCGGCAUCCGCAUCCCGUGCCGCGAGGAGGACUUCGAGGCCACCGUCGCCGCGCUCGAGCUCGAGUCCGCCGUGGCGCGCCGGCGCCCCCGGUCCGGCACCGGCAGAGCCACCGCGGCGGCCGAGCCCAAAUUGCCCAAGGCCAGGUCUUGGUAG